UCCUGUCUUAUAUUAUCAGCUCAUUUCCCAUUAGUAAAAGUUAGCAUCACGAUUAUAUAAAAUAUCCUUCUAAAUAUUGGUUAGCAGCAUUCCACAUCCUUGAAGGUUGAACGAAGCCAGCUGACUGAUAGAAGAAAUCACCAAACUCAAUCAUGAAGUUCUUCAUCGUUGGUUUUGUCGCGGCACUAGCUAGCGUCGUCAGCGCUACCGCAGCCGUGGAGGCGGAAGCCGUUGUGAAUUCGGAGCCUUCGGAAACCCGUCGACCACCUCACUGGCCACACCCAUCCAGCACAACUGCAGCAAGCUCAUCGGAAACUACUACAUCAUUUAUCAUUACCAUCACCACAUUGCCAGGUCAUCCUACUACGUCCGUCAGUGCCGCUUGCCCGACGGUUACGCACACGACGCGGCCAAGUGAGUGCGAGCCAUUUUUGUGUCCAGUUCCAGGCUGCACAUUGGAGGAGGAGCUGUUCAUUCCAUGUGGCUGCAAGGGAGUUAAGACAGCUUUGUUCGUGGACGGGUGUCAAACUGCUUGCCCUGAGGGAUGCAUAACCCGACUCAGAACAGUCACGGCAGCUUGCGCAACGGCAACUCCAGUUCCAUUCAUAGCAUAAAGAGUGUUGAGCGAUUGGACAUAAAAUGCUAA